CUCUGCCACACACUCUUCUCUGCACACCUUUUCCUCCACGCUCAACAAGGCACCCUCCACUCCACAACCAUGGCCUGCUACGACCUCUGCAGCCCCUGCGCACCCGCCCCGCUGGCCAACAGCUGCAACGAGCCCUGCGUAAGGAAGUGCCAGGACUCCACCGUCGUCAUCCAGCCUUCCACCGUGCAGGUCACCCUGCCAGGACCCAUCCUCACCUCCUUCCCCCAGAGCACUGUGGUCGGAUCCUCCGCAUCGGCUGCCGUGGGCAGCGAACUCAGCUACCAGGGAGUGCCCGUCGCCAAUGGGGCCUUCGGCUAUGGCUACGGCUACGGCUUGGGAGGCCUGGGCUGCUAUGGUGGCAGAGGUCUGGGCUGGUUCGGUGGCAGGAGAGGCUGCAACACCUGCUAAGGCCUCUUACCAACACCUCUGACACCGACCACCCACACCCUGGG